CAAUCGAGGCUUGUCUGUCUGAUCACAGAAGAGCAACGUUCAAUUCUUCGAGGAGAGAAGCACAGUUCCGGCGAAACAAGGGUGAGUCUUCUUCGAUGAAAGAUAGCAUUGACGUCGUAGAGAGCAUCGCCGAGAUGCUCACAAGUCAGACAGCCCCCAGCGCGGAGGAGCUCGACUCUAUGCAGUUUCCAGACGCGUACACUCUGCACCGAGGCAUGCAGCGUCUGAAAAAACCCGAUCUGGAGCGCAUAUUCGUCAACAGAGCUUUGAGACUGGACCGCAUUGAGUAUGUCGGGUUUGACAUGGACUACACGAUAGCAAACUACACGGAGGAGUACGAGAGACUGUGCUAUGGGAUGAUCAUAGACCGACUGGUGGAAAAAAUGGGGUAUCCGUCGGAGAUCAGGGAGCUGCAAUACGAUUCCAUGUUUUCUAUUCGCGGGCUGUUCAUCGAUGUGGAAUUUGGGAACUUGUUGAAGGUAGACGCCUAUGGCAUCAUCAUGAGGUGCGUGCACGGCAGGAGGGUGAUUCCCAAGGACGAGGUGAUGAACCGCUAUGGCUCGAUGAAGAUCAUGAACGAGCAAAUCGGACGUCGAUUUUACCUCUUGAACACCCUGUUCAGCAUCCCGGAAGCGUGCGUGUUCGCGAAUUUGGUGGAGCACUUCGAGAUGCAAGGAAACCCAAACUCCGAAAAGGAAGGGUUGCCGUGCCUGAUUUCGAUGAAAUGCUCCGGAGACUGGAGCGAAGACGACGUGUCCCGAAUGAGCGAAGAAGGGACCUGCGAGGCGAAACACAAGAACGUGAUGUCCAGAAACGGGGACGACAAGGCAGUCGAUUUGUAUUAUAAAAACCUAUGGACCGACGUUCAUCAGGCCAUGGACUCCAUUCACUACGACAACAGCUGCAAGGAACAGACAUUGAAGGACUUGCCGAAAUACGUAAAGCGCUCCGACCAACUGUCCCGUCUCUUGAAACGACUCCACUCGGCCAACAAGAAGGUGUUCUUGCUGACAAACUCUCCCUGGGACUAUGCCAAUCGCAUGAUGACCUACCUUCUAGAAGGGUUCGACCCAAACUAUCGCGUUUGGAGAGACUAUUGGGACAUCGUGAUUGUCUCAGCCAGCAAGCCGGAAUUUUUCGGCGCGGGAUCGACUCUGCGGAAAAUCGACCCCAUCACCGGCAAGCUCAGUCUGGGCCGCACCAGCAGCUAUUUCGAAUCCGGCAGCGUCUAUCACGGCGGAAACCUGAGUAUCAUGGAAGACAUGGCCGGAAUCAAAGUCGGAGAUACGGUCCUCUACAUAGGUGACCACGUUUUUUCCGACGUCCGAAUGUCCAGAAAGCGUCGCGGAUGGAGAACAAUGCUGAUCAUUCCGGAGCUGGAACGCGAGUUAAAAAUUUCCGCUUCACCUUCUGCUCAGAACCUCUUCAACAGACUCUACUCCCUUCAGUCUGCCAAAGCUCUGACCUAUCUCAAGUCUGACGCUGAAAGCACGGAACCUCCCAACGUCGAACUACUUCAGUCCAUGAUCUCGAAAACAGUCGCCCUCAAAGACGCACAGUACAACCCCUUCUUCGGCUCAAUGUUCACUUCAGGACUCAAACAAAGCUUCUUCACCCAACAAAUGCUACGAUACGCCUGCAUCUACUCCACCCACUUCUCUAACCUCCUCAACUACCCCAUGUUCUAUUCAUUCACCGCCGACAUAUCCCCUCUUCCCCACGAAACCUUCGACCUAUCAAACUCGGAAGCUCCAACCUCUCACGAUGCGCCGCGUGCCUCACGAGCGUAGCGGCUCGGACCCCACGCCAGCUCGCGCUCAGACCGCCGCCAACACCUUCGCAAGCGCUCUCGCCUCGUGUUGUCGGUCGCAGACCCAGAAAAGUCUCGCCCCUUGGGCGAGACGAAAAGCGGCCCGAAGAGCACACAUAGCAAACACCGUGAGAAAUGUGUAUUGGACAGCAUCUACCGCGCCAUAAAAAAAAGAAAAACACGGAAAAUAGAGCACAAGCUCACU